ACAAAUCUCUCUCUCUCUAGACUCUCUUCCUUUUCUCUAAAAAUAAAGCCGCCGCCUCUCCUUUUCUGGUGAACCCACACUGGUGACACCUCUCCCCGAGUUCCAUGACGCCGUUCUCCUCUUCUAGCAAGCUUUUGUUGUUGUCAUCGCCACACCAGCCAUGGCUUUUGCCCUCUCCUCUUCAGCACCGCUGGUCGCCACUACGUAAAAUGCCAUACAGACCGGUAAGAUCGGUCCAGCCACCAGCCACGGAGAUAAUGCCCUCGCCCUCACCUCUAUCUCCUUUGAUCUUUUCUCCCCUUACUCCGCCUCCUAGAUCUGCCACGCUAUCAGCCACCAGCGACCAACGCUGCCACCAUCUUCGGUUGCCUUCAACACAUGCAAACCAAUGGCCAGCCUCCUCCCCCGUCAUCCUCAAUGUCGUUGCCCCAGCAUCUCCACCGCCAGCUAGCCGAAUCAGCCUCCCUCUCUUCUCACCGAUCAUUCACUUGCCGAAACUAAUAACCGGCAUACAUAUGAUGAUAUAGAAAAAUAUGGGUUUGAGCUAAAAGGGAAUCAAAAGGAGAGGAAAGUGUACAGCUAAAGACCCUACACAAAUCAAGUUUAGGUACCAUGAUUACGGGCCGCGAUCGCGGCCAGUUAAGAUAGGUCAGCCACUCCAAUUACGUAGAUCUAAUUGCGGAUGCGGUAUCUGUGAUCACGACAAAGCUGAUGCAAUUGCAUUAACGUGAGAAUAAGGACAGGAAUAGUUUUAUAAUUUUCAAUAGCUGACCCCAUAUCCCUUAAAAGUUUCAAACCCUUUCUCAUUUUUGUAAUCCACACUUU